AUGGCGCCAGGUUCGUCGCGUCUCCUCGUGGCCGUGGUGGCGCUUCUACACGCCGCCGCCGCAGCCGGCAACGGUGGCCCCCUGACGCGCUACGAUCGCGUAUUCAGCUUUGGCGACUCGCUUACCGACACCGGGAACGCGCUGCACCUCUCAGCAACCGCCGGCGGGCCCGCGAGCCGGCCACCGUACGGCGAGACUUUCUUCCGUCGCCCUACCGGCCGCGCGUCCGACGGCCGCCUCGUCAUCGACUUCCUCGUCGAGGCGCUGGGCGUACCGCACCCGACGCCGUACCUCGCCGGGAAGACGGCGGCGGAUUUCCGGCGCGGCGUGAACUUCGCGUUCGGCGGGGCGACGGCGCUUGACCUGCACUUCUUUGAGAGCAGAGGAUUGGGGUCGUUCGUGCCGGUUUCGCUUAGGAACCAGACCGUCUGGUUCAACGAUGUUUUACGACUUCUUGGCGCAGAGCAGAGGAAGACUAUGGCCACCUCCCUCUUCCUCGUCGGAGAGAUCGGAGUCAACGACUACUUCAUCGGCCUCAACGAGAACCGCACCGUCGGCGAGGUGGAGACCUUCGUGCCUCACGUCGUCAGUGCCAUCCGUUCGGUCAUCACCGACGUGAUCGCCGCCGGAGCAAGCGCCGUGCUGGUCCCGGGGAUGAUACCGCUGGGCUGCGAGCCGCAGCUGCUCACGCUCUACAGAGGCAGCGUCGACGCCGCCGGGUAUGACCCGGAGUCCGGCUGCAUCACGCUUCUUAACGGCCUCGCCGAGCUGCACAACCGCGAGCUGCGCCGCGCGCUCGGCGGCCUCCGGCGAGCCCACCCUGGCACGACCAUCGUCUACGCGGACCUCUACCGAGCAGUCAACGACAUCAUCGUGUCGCCCCGCGAAUACGAUUUCAGGCACAGGCCGCUGGACGCAUGCUGCGGCGGCGGCGGCGGCGCCUACAACUACGACGACGCUGCGUUCUGCGGCGCGGCGGGGGCGGCGGCGUGCGCGGACCCGUCUGAGUACGUCUCCUGGGAUGGGGUGCACUACACGGAGGCCGCCAACAGGCUCGUCGCCUGCAGCGUGCUCCAGGGGUCUCACUCUCACGGCGCCGACGCGAUGACGACGCUGUCCAAUUCAUCGGCCACAACGGAGGAUUGGCUUCACAGGAUCGGCUGCGUCUAG